GGGGACACUGGGGGGACACUGGGGCUGGUCUGGGGACACUGGUCUGGGGACGGGGGAGGGGCAUUAGGACCUUGGGGAGUCCCAGCGUUCCCCAAGAUUUUCCCGCCCUUCCCCCAACCAAUCGCGCGGCGCCGUCGCGCUCGGAUGAACCCACUCCGUGACGUCAUCGCGGCGCGCCGACGAGCGGAGGGGAAGCGGGGAUGCAACGCGCGGUGCUGGGAGCGGCCUGGGGGGCGGCGCGGGCCCCCCCGUGCCGGUGGUUCCGCGGGGCCCCCCCCGCGCGGGCACUGGAUAAGGCGGCGCUGCUGGAGCUGCGCCGGAGAACCGGACUGCCCGUCCUGCAGUGCCGUGCGGCGCUGGAGCGCUGCGGGGGGGCGCUGCAGCAGGCAGAGGCGUGGCUGCAGGAGGAGGCGCGGCGCUUGGGCUGCCUUCGCGCCGCGGAAUCGGGGGGCAGCGAGGGGCUCGUGGGGCUCUUCCGCGAAGGUUCUGCCGCUGUUAUGGUGGAGAUAAACUGCGAGACGGAUUUUGUGGCGAGGACGGCGGAUUUUGGGCGCGUGGUGGAGCGAGCGGCGCUGAGCACUAUGGCCAUGUGCCGAGCUGCCCCCCCCGGCUGCUCCAGGCAUUUAUUGAGCGAGGAGGAGCUGUCGCAGCUGCGGACGGAGGAGGGGGAGAUGCUCAGUGAUCACAUCGCCGUGGCAACCACCAAGCUGGGCGAGCGGGUGGCCCUGCGCCGCGCGGCGUGGCUGCGGGUGCCGCGGCGCCGAGGGCUGAUCGGCGCUUACGCCCACGGGCGAACGGCCGCCGCGGCGCCAUCGCCGGUGGCCACCGGCACCUACGGAGCAUUGGUGGCAUUGGUGACACCGGAAGGCGGCGGCGGCGGUGGCGGUGACGUCGGCGUCACCGCCGCGGCACAACUGGAAGAGUUGGGGCGCCGAGUGGCUCAACACGUGGUGGGAUUGGCGCCGUCGGCGCUCGGCCGCGAAGGGGAAGCGCCGCGCGGGGACGAUGAACCGCGGCUGUUGGCGCAGAGUUUCCUGUUGGCACCGGAAAUGGCCGUGGGUCAAAUCCUGCGCCGGAGCGGAGCGAAAGCCGUGGAUUUCGUGAGGUUUCGGUGCGGAGAUCGGCACGAAGUUAUCGCCCCCGGAGAUGUGGAACCGGAGGUGGGCGAGGAGGACGGACGGACGGACGGCGCCGAGGGACGGUGAGGAGGGACGGGCGGAUGGAGCUGCGGAUGGACAGACGGACGGACGGAGACAUGGACAGCAGAGAGCCACGGAGGACAGACGGACAGACCUACAG